GUCGCAAUAUGCCUCCUCCUCCAUCAAAACCCAACGAACCGGUGGAUUGGCCAAUCCCAAAAUUCAACCUCCGAGUCGACGAUUUAUCUCAUUCAGGUGUUUCUUUAUUCUUCCGAAACGUCGAGGCUCUUCCUGCGCUGAAAGAUGCCGUCCUAUCGUCCUUCAAAUGGCUCUACAGUACCCCUGACAAGGUACCCACCAAGUAAGAACCGUCUGCUCUCGGGACUCUGGUUCCUUAUGGUUCAUAAAGUGUCAAGUCAAUACUCUUGGUUUUGAGACCUAUGGAAGGGGUUGCAUAUACCUGUGGAAGCGCAAGUGAGAAAGAGAUCCAUCUUUCAUUGGACCACAUCAAGAAUUCGGAAGCCCGAGCGAAGGAAGAGAUCCUGGGUGUUAUCACACACGAAAUCGUACAUUGCUAUCAGUACGAUGCAAGGAAGACGUGUCCUGGAGGUUUAAUUGAAGGCUUUGCAGAUUAUGUUCGCCUACGUUCUUCACUGGACCCACCUCACUGGAAACGAAAUGGGGGAGAUAAACACAAAUGGGACGCCGGAUACGAAACCACUGGAUAUUUCCUCGACUGGAUCGCACGCACGCACGGUGAGGAUAAACUACGUGGGUUGAACGAACGUAUGAAGGAUGCGAAAUACGACGAGAAAAUGUUCAUUGAAGUGACGGGGAAGUCGGUACACGCUCUCUGGAAAGCUUAUUCUCAUGAAUUGGAUAUCCCCGUCCCUCCCCCUCCCCGACCCAGGAAUCCGACGACGAAUUGGCCGGAACCGCAGUUAAAUUUUCGCGUCGAAGACCUCGAAGAUCCAGGAGCCAAAAUUUUCUUUGAACAUAUCAACCCGAUCACAGCUCUGAAAGAGGCAAUGGCCUCGACAUUCAAAUGGCUCUACGCGGAACCCGAAAAAGCUCCUAAUGAUGUCGAUUCUAUAUUACUAGUUCUGCGAGCUAUGGAUGGAACAGCAUAUACCACCGGUUCCUGGGCGAAGGAAAUCCAUAUCUCUCUGAACCACAUCAAGAAUUCGGAGAAGAGAGCUAAAGACGAAAUUCUGGGGGUUCUAACACACGAAAUGGUCCAUUGUUGGCAAUAUAACGCGAAAGGGACGUGUCCGGGAGGCUUGAUAGAAGGUGUUGCUGAUUUCGUUCGCCUUCACACAUCCUUAGCUCCGCCCCACUGGAAACGCAGUGGUGGAGAGAACGACAAAUGGGACGAUGGAUACGAGAAAACUGGAUACUUCCUUGACUGGAUUGGGCAGAGUAAAGUCCGUGAGCUGAAUGAACGCAUGAAAGACGUAGAGUACGACGAAGAAGCACUAUUCGUCGCUGUGGCUGGUAAGACAGUCGCUCAGCUGUGGAAAUCAUACUGCGAAGAGGUGGGAAAGGGCAAUGGAGCUACUGUUUGACUUUGUUCGCCUUA